UCGCCAUGGCCGUGAUGUCCAUCGUGGCGCUGCAGAUCGCCUCCACCACCGGCCUCUUCGUCUACUUCACCAUGUCCAUUUCCAAGCUAAAAGCCCAGAUGCAGGGUAGCUCUGAGGAGCUGAGGUGUUUGCAGCUUAUCAACAGACUGCAGGAGAUAUCUGACUUGGAGGAUCUGAUUGGUAACCAGUCCUGCCUCAAGCUGGCCAGCAGCAUCCAAUCCUACGUGACCAUGGUGACAGAGAAUGUUAUGCGCAGAAGCGCGCUUAAGGAAGCCAGGAGGAGCUAUUUCAAUACCUCGGAUGGACAGCUGGCUACAAAAGUACCUACCAAGUCCUCCGCCCAUCUCACGCUCGGGCACCAGAACCCUCCCCAAGGUGGAAGCUCAGAGCACUUCAGGGAGCUCCCCCAGUCCUGCCAACACCCCAUCACUCAGUGGGAAGACCGAGCCAUACAUUCCCAUCUUCAGAACAUCACCUAUCAGGAUGGAAAGAUGCGGGUGAACCAGGCAGGGAAGUACUAUGUCUAUUCCCAGAUCUACUUCCGCUACCCCAGUGAGGAUGCCAGCGCCCGUGUCUUGGGACACCAGCUGGUGCAGUGCAUCAACCGUAAGACCACUUACAGGCAGCCCAUCCUGCUGCUCAAGGGUGUAGGCACCAAGUGCUGGGCACCGGAGGCUGAGUAUGGCCUGUAUGCCCUCUACCAGGGAGGCCUCUUUGAGCUCAAGGCUGGCGAUGAGCUUUUUGUCUCCGUCUCAUCCCUGACCAUCGAUUUUGAUGACACGGCAGCCAGUUAUUUUGGAGCCUUCCAACUUGAUCUGUGAAGGGUCAGGACCUGCUUUAUGACUGCCUCCCAUCAGAUGUUUCCUUUUCAGACUCUCACUGUUGUCAACCUGCACAGCCCAGCUUUGCUGAACAUGUUAGAGACUGUGGACGUACUUGAGCUGGGUGACCCUGCAUGGCCCAGCAGCCCAUGGCGUCUGUGAUAGGGAUGGUGCAGAUGGUGGCCAUGGUGACCACUCCUUGUAAGCUGUUCUGACGUAAAAAGAUGGUGUCUCAGAUUUGUUUCUGCUUGCUGUUCUCUCUGGAAGACAGCUGAAUGCUCCUAUGGAACAGCCAAGGGUGGGGGGGAGGGGCAUCAUGCCUAGGGCUAUAACACCCCCUGACAUCCUAUCAUGAAGUCAGCUACAGGCAGGAGCAACAAACUGGGCACAGAUUUCUAGUGAGAGUAGGGCAGGGCUCCUCACCCUGCCCUUGGUAUCCGGGGGCCUGGGGUGCUGGUGCAAGGAGACCCCCUCAUCUACUGUGAAAAACUCACCUGGGAUGAGCCUUGAGGGAGUAGCAGCUGGGGUGAGGGGAGGGCGUCAGCCAGGGAAACUAAUCCAAUGAGCCAAAAGUUAAUAGCAGCGACUGCUUUCUAUAAGGGGGCUGUAACAGGAUAUUGCAGCAUCUAGUGACAGCUCCCCCCAUGCGCACCAGUCUCUGCUAUGAAGGCCUCCUCCUCAGACAUCCAUCUUGCAUCUGAGAUAGGUAGAACAAAAGCACAAAAAAUGGUCAGGGAAUCUCCCCAGUGUCUCUCCAGUGCACAGGCAAACAGAAGAGCUGGAGUGGAUCCUGUGGACCAGCCAAUCCAAUAACUGUUGAACA